AUUACCAAUUUUAUUGUAAGUAUGUUAGGUUUAUCUUUUUAAUUCACCCCUGGCAUGGGAUUAAACUUUUAAGUCGUAUCAACUAUUUUACAUUUUUAUUAGAAGUAUAUUAAUUACGCUUAAUGCCGAUAACGUUUAUAUAGAUAAUUAUAUAAUUUAAAUUUAUUGUUUUGUUUGAGUUGAAAAUUAAAGAAUCAUUAACUACAAGAUGUCAAACUGUAAGAGAAAUUUGUCUCCUAAUAUUCAGAAUUUGAAAUCCUUAGAAAGCAAAUAUCAAAGCAUCAUUAAACAAGCUACAGAAGCCAGGGAAAACGCUUAUUGCCCUUAUAGCAAUUUUAAAGUUGGAUCAGCAGUUCUAUGUGCUGAUGGGUCAGUUACAGCAGGCUGCAAUAUUGAAAAUAGUGCCUUCCCUGUUGGCAUAUGUGCUGAAAGAUGUGCAUAUAGUAAAGCGAUAAGUCAAGGAAAAAGACAAUUUGAAGCUGUGGCUGUUGUCGCCUCUCAAAAGGACCACUUUACAAUGCCCUGCGGAGCAUGUCGUCAAUUUAUGUCUGAAUUUGGAAAUGUAGACGUUUUUAUUUCUAGACCUGGGCAUGAGGAUGUAUUGGUUACUAAUCUAAAUGAAAUUUUACCUUUUCAGUUCCAAACUACGGACAAAACUUUUGAAUGAUAUAUUUGCAUGACUAUGACAUGAAAUAAAAUAAAAAAAAAGAAAUGUAUGUAUAUAUUUUGUCAUGUUUUAACAGUAUUUUACAAGAUUUAAAUUAAUUUCCAGUAAUAUAAAUUAAGAUCUCCAACUAUGUAAUAAUAAUAUUGCAUAUAUAAAAAAUCUACAAUAUAAUUUUUUAACUUAUACUAAUCAAUAUUAAUAAAAAUAUACAUCAUUAAAGUAAACAUUUUUUGAUAUCAGUCUAUUUGCUUUUUACCUAUUUUUAUGGGUGAAUAAUAAUAAUCUUAACAUUGUAGCAGAACGUGUUUUUGUAUAUAUCACUAUUAAAAGCUGUAAUUAUAUAUAAUCUCUAAUUUGUACAAUAAAAAAGCUUGGU